AAAACUGACGAUCAGAAGUGAUCUAUCGAGCUUAUUGAACGUAUUUAUUUCGCAUCAAUGUGCUUUAAAUGUUGACUUCGACACAUCAAUCAAUUUAAUUUAUCGGAAACCGUACAUUACGUGCAUGUGUAUAAUAUAACGAAAUUCUCGUAAUUAUACAAACAAAAAUCGGACUCAGUUGUUAAACGACUUUUGCUGUAAAUGUUUCUCAAGAAAUUUACCAACUUAACGCGAAAAUUAAAUAAAAUCAAAUUAAAAGUGGGACUAAUUGACCGAAAUCAUCCAUGAUACGUUCGUGAUCUGCAUUUUGCAACAGCGCUCUGUUUUUUUUUUGGUUUUAGUUUAUUGCGUUUUCGAUGUGAGCUUAAAGAGUGGUUAUAUUUGAUGUAACAAAACAAUAAUAUCAUCGCUGGCUGACAAUUAGACAUAACUUAUAAUUCGGGUCUUGGAACGGUCUAUAUGCGUGUGUGACUCAUCUAAUUGAACGUAAUUUUAAUCGUUUUCUUCACCGGAUAGUAGCAAUGAAGUUGUUUUUAGUAUUUUGGUCGAUAAUUUUGCUGAAGGAAUGCAAUGUGUCGGACGGUCAAGGUCUUCAGCAGUUGUCUUACGCUAAUGCGGAAGUAGGACAAAAAUUGAUCCGAUCUACUGUAACCACCGAACCGCCUCCACCAACCACCAAGAAAACCAGUUUCUUCGGUGGCAUUCGUAACUACUUUUCGAAAAAAUCACCCGAAACUUCGACGGAACCAAAUGUUGUCGGAUCACUAACACCAUCGACGAUAUUAUCAUCAUCGUCAUCAACAACAACAACAACAACUACUACUACUACAUCGACAACAACCACUGCAAGAUCGACACCACAAAAUUCCGUUGUAGGACAGAAUGGACUACCAAGCAUGUCCCAAACAAAGACAAAUGUAGUUGUUCCACAUAUUACGCCCAGCACUACAAGUACGACAACUACCACUUCUAGACCAAAGUUACCUCAAGAGGAUUUUCCAGCAUUGGGACCGCCAAGAAGGCAAAAUUCCGUUUCAUCGUCAACUCCAUCGACAACCACAUUACACUCUGUUUGGGCAACAGCACCGACACCGCCUAGUGAUAAUAGACAAAAUGUGAAUGUUCUUCCAACUCAACCGAGACCGGUGGUCUUACCACCAUUGACACCAACGAUUGAUAUACCGAAAAUUGAAAUUGCCUCGAACAGUGAACUGGAAAUUUUGACGGAAGAAUUAUUCAACAAAGAAACAUCGAGUUUGUUCGAUAAAAUGACGAUUAACUAUCAAGGACGGACACAAUCAUCAGCUUUAACAGAUGAAGCUGCAUUACCUCUAAUUACAGUCAGCGAAACCGAUCUGGAUUCCGUUAGUUCGGUAAAAUUGAUGCGAAAACUGUUCAACAAUUACGAGUUGGACACCAUGACAAAUGAGUUUGUGACGCCAUUGGAGAAGCGAGAAGAAAAUGACUUAGUCGAUACAAUCAUGGGAACAUCAGUAAUGCGACAUGCUAUGGCAUUCUUGCAACAAAAGGGAAAAGUGACACCUGAUCCAAGGACUCACCGCGAUCUGGUUAAACGGAUUUGGUUUACUCUGUACUCCAGAGGUCGCGGACGAAUCGGUAGUUCAGCAUUCGAACACGUCUUCCUAUCUGAAAUUAAAAACGGUACGAUCAGUGGUCUACACAAUUGGGUUUAUUUCCACGACGAAGAAGUGGCUGGUAGAAUUGACUAUAAGGGAUGGUUGAAAAAAGUGGCAUUGGGCAGGAAAGGAGCCAUAGUCAAGUACCGAUUCAGUCACAACAACAUAAAUAAGCCAGUGAAUGCGAUGUUUGUUGGUACAUCACCGGAGUUGGAAGUUGCACUAUAUACCGUAUGCUUUGAAGUGAGACCGGACAAGGAAUGUCCCAUUUCAUUGGGCGGAAACAAAUUAUUGAUUCGAACUCACACGUUCCGAUAUCGUGGCAAAAAUUUGAUUGGAAGUGCGUUUCCGGAAAUUUAAAUUUGUUGAAAAGUUUUAAAAGUUGAAAAUAUACUUCAAUAG